AUGAGUGCAUCUACCACCAUCAACGCGUCUCUGGAGGAGGCCAAUCGCGCUAACCAAGGCUUUCUCAGUUCAAGCGGCUGCUCGACGGCUGAGUGCUUGCGAGAGUUGUCGGCGGAACGUGUUCUGGCCAUAACCCCAUUCAAUGUUUACCCUUACUGGAAUGGAGCGGAUUCAAUGGACCUGCCCACGUAUAAGUUGCUUGUCGGUCCGGUUACAGUUGUGGAUGGUGUGUUUCUGCCUUUGCCUUCCCUGGAUGCUAUAGCUCAGGGUAAAGGCCAUGAUGUUACUGUCAUCGUUGGCACAACAGGGCAGGAAGUCGACUUGCAGCCCACUGCAAACAUACAGAAUGCAAGCUGGGCUCAGUACGAGCAAUACGUCAGAAAGCACCUGGAGACAUUCCGCAAUGAUCCGCAUCACAACAAUACGAACGUACUCGGCGACGUGGAGCGUCUGUACCCGCACGACUUUGCAUCACCGCCCAGCGGUGGUACGUGCGUGACCGGCACACCGGAAUAUCUGCUCACCAGUAUGAUCUCGGACAUCAGAGUCACCUGUCCUUCCGUUCUCCUAGCACAGUACUAUGCAAAGUAUUUCAAGUCGCCAGUCUACAGCUACGUAGCUGUGCAGUGCCCGUCAGCUACGGCCCGUGAAUUCAAAUCUAGAUACGCGUAUCAUACUUGGGAUGCUGACUUGCUAUUCAACCUGUCAUUUCCACCCAAGCCCGGCUUCAAGCCAGAUGCCAAAGACUGGGAACUGGUGACUAUGAUGCAGGCCUGGUUCUUUAAAUUUGUCCGCGGUGAAGUGCCCCAUCCGCAGUGGAAGACCGCCGAGCACGGGACAUUCUCUCUGAUCUACGAGCCUGAGAUGCGCGACUGGUAUCAUGCAGAGCAGUGUAACUAUUUCAAUGCGCAUGGCUUCCUGCCGUACCGAUGGCAAAACUAG